AUGGCUGAUGAAGAAAGUCCACGUUUUAAUGAUGAGUUUCCUAAUGAUGAAAUGAAUGAGAAUUUACAACUAAUAAAUGAAUUAUUUUCAAAAUAUAAAGAUAGUCCUGAACUUGAUACUAUUCAUAUUAAUCGUUUAUUAGAAAUAUUACAAGCAUGUGGUAGAAAUCCAUCACAAACGGAUUGUAAUAGACGAAUCCAGGCACUUGAAGAAGAUGAGAAAUUUGAAUUGACAUUUGAAGAUUUCUUAGAAAUACUUGAUGAACCAUGGACAUCGAUAAGUAAUGAUCGAAAUGCGCUUUAUAAAGCAUUAAUAAAAUUUGAUCAUACAAAAGAAGGUUAUAUUGAUAUUGAACAAUUUCGAGAGAUAAUGCGUACACUUGGUGAACCAUUAUCUGAUGAUGAAAUUGAUGAUCUCAUACAAUUAGGUUUAAAUGAUGAAGUAAAAAAAAUUGAUAUUGAACGUUUACUUGAUCAAUUACUUGGAAAUAAUAUAUAA